AUGGAUGUGGAGGGGGAGGAAGUAAUCAGAGGAGGGUGGAGUAAGGUGGUGGAUGGGCAGGAUGAUUGGGAAAAGAUUAAGAACAAGUUUAAUGACUGUGCUCAAAAGCUUACGAAAUGGAGUAAGGGGAAGAAUGUGGAUUGUGUAAAGGAAAUCCUGCUAAAAACAGAAGAGCUCAAGAAAAUGCAAGAUGUUGAGGGCCCUCAGAAUAUUGCUGCUAUCAAAGAUUUACAAAAGGAACUUGAUAUACUUUUAGAACAAGAAGAUCUCAAGUGGAGACAGAGAGCAAAAGUGAACUGGUACUAG